GGAAAAUGAUUCUUGAUCUCACAGCAGUAUACCGGUGAUAUAUGCCCUGACGACCUUGCUGCAAAUACCAUGCCACGCCACGCUGUUAACAUAUGGGAGCAGUAUCUGCACAGGUACAGACAACAGAAAUUAAUCCUAAAUGUCCUUGCAAGCUGCAUGCUCAAGCAGAUGUAUGCUCUCGACGAGCCUGGGUCCCACACAGCAGAGGCCUCAAUGUUGCCUUCGUAGAGGGAUACCCUAAGGCCCUUACAGCAUCCUCGCCGUGAUGCCACCACCGCUCUGUCUUUGCCUACUCCUCCUCUUCCUACUCCUCCAGCAACAAGAGUCCCGGGUAUCAUUAUGGCAGGCGGCACCACUUCUCUUUCAAGAUCCAAGCGCACGUUUGAUUUCCUCCUCAGCCCC